AUGCAUUUACCAGCCGGCCCCACAAUGGUCGCUGCGCCCGCGCAACUUGCCAAUAUCCCGGCAGCAUCCGCCUCAGCAACAGCCCACCAACAACAGAGUGGCGGCACAACUGCACACGUGCCCAGCUCCGCCAGCUCGACUGGCUCCUCCACACCGGAUAACAACAAUUGCAACAGCAACAACAGUAGCUCAUCUGCCAAAUUGCCGCCCUCUAUGACCGACAUGUUCGCCAGUUUGCAUGAGAUGCUGCAGGAAUAUCACGGCGAGCUGGCGCAAACAGGCUCCCCAUCGAUCCUCUGCAGCGCGCUGCCCAAUCAUUGGCGUUCCAACAAAUCGCUGCCGGGCGCUUUCAAAGUGAUCGCAUUGGACGAUGUGCCCGACGGCACAUUGGUGUCCAUCAAGUGUGGCAACGAUGAGAACUACUGCGGCGAGCUGCGUAACUGCACGGCCAUCAUGAAGAAUCAAGUGGCGAAAUUCAAUGAUCUGCGUUUUGUCGGACGUUCCGGGCGUGGCAAAUCCUUUACGCUGACCAUCACCAUUGCCACUUAUCCGGUGCAGAUUGCGAGCUACACAAAGGCGAUCAAAGUGACCGUAGAUGGUCCACGGGAACCAAGAAGUAAGCAAAGUUAUGGCUACCCACAUCCUGGCGCUUUCAAUCCUUUCAUGUUGAACCCCGCAUGGCUCGACGCCGCCUACAUGACAUACGGCUAUGCGGACUACUUCCGCCACCAGGCCGCACUGCAUCAUCCCGCUUUGGCCAAGAGUUCGCCAACGCUGCCGGUUAACGCCGGCGCUACCAUUGUACCGCCACCCCCGCCACCAGCCGGCGGUGCGCCAACCUCCGCCGCAGACUUCCACUCCUCCCAGCUGACACCGCCGCCAGUUGGUGCGCCUGGUGCAUUACCGCCCAAUGCAGCUAUCGGCAUGAUUCCCUCGCCACCUGGUUCCGCCUACGGCAUAGGCAUGCCACAGUUCCCAUUCAAUCCCGUCGCAGCCGCCGCUUUUCACCCGUACAACUUCGCAGCCGCCAGCUUGCGCGUGCCCAGCCACAAUCUGCACAACAACUCGCUAAGCAGCUCACACGGCUCAACGGAACACAUCAGCCCAUCACGCAUAAGUCCCGCCUCAUCACGACCUUCGUCAUCUUCACCACCCGCACACGCACACGUACACAAUAUAAGCAGCGGUGGCGUUGGUGAGGAUUGCAACAACAAGACAAACGCCUCUCUGGAACAAUCCUUGUCCGAUGCCGAUCCAGAUGUCGAAUCGGACGAUGAACAAAUCGAUGUAGUGAAAUCCGCUUUCGUGCCCAUACUGCGUCCACCAAUUGCGGCGCGCACAAUAGCGCCCGCUGGCGAACAGUUAGAGAAACCAGUGCAACCGGCGCCGCCACCGCGUACGCGUUCCGAUCUGAAGGCGCCCUCCAUGAUGAAGACGCAGUACCAGCAUACCGCGCAAGCUCGUCAAAUUUCGCCCGAAAUUACCGCUGCAACCAAAUUGAAGGCGGCGAUGAAUGCCACAAAGACCGUGUGGCGGCCCUACUGA